AUGGAAAUGCUGCCGCUGCACCCAAGAGACAGCGAACGCGGCCACCCCGUUCCGCCCCUGCUCCAGCUCCUUAUCGCGCUGCGAUUCUACGGUGCUGGAACCUUUCAAGUAGUUACCGGGGGCCUUGUGAAUGUGUCGCAAGCAAGCGUAUCACGCAUCAACGAACGCAUGUCAAGAAUGAUAGCCGACACAUUGUUCCCGCAGCUUGUGAAAUUGCCCAACGCCACUGAAGCGGCCGUGGUAACGGAUGGGUUUGAUGCCAUUGCCGGUUCCCCUGGUGUAAGUGGGUGCAUAGACUGGACUCAUGUGCCCAUGAAACGUCCUGGUGGCGAAGACGCAGAGGUCUUUCGGAAUCGAAAGCGCUACUUCUCAAUCAAUGUCCAGGCAAUCACAGGGCCUCAACUUCAUUUUUUUGAUUUGGCGGCCAGCUGGCUGGGCUCAGCUCACGACAGCAAGAUACUCGACAACAGUUUGGCCAGAGUGCAAUAUGAGAGAGGAACUGUGCCUGGUAUCCUACUUGGCGACAAGGGGUAUCCCUGCAGGUCCUAUCUCCUGACUCCAUUUAGUUACAGAGGCACGAAAGGCAGCCCUCAGCACAAGUGA